UCUUGUUUAAAAAAUAAAAAGAAAAUAUAAAAAAAUGAGUGGAAUUUUAAAAAAUACAUUGCGUCUUGUUGGCAUAGGAAAAUAUGCUCCAAUUAAUUCAACAAAAUAUCUACGGUCUAUGACGAUCACGACUAGUCGAAUGAAUUCAUCGUUAUUAUCUGAACCAAAUAAUAAUUCAAAUAAUCUUCACCAUCAUGAAUCGGAAAAAUUACGCGAUAAUCAAGCUAUCCAACAUUCAACUGAUUUUCGGAAAACCAUACGGGCUGCUGGAAAUAAAAUAUUAUCAAUAAUUUCUGAUGAAGAAUUAAAAACAUUAGAUAUUAAUAAUUUUACGGUAUCACUUGAUAAUGGUAAAGUAGGAUUAAUAACACCAAAAAGGUUCUUUGGAAGAAAAGAUUUAAUUUUUCCUCCUACAUUCAGCAUUGAACUUAACGAUAAAUCAAUUGAACCCAAAAGCAAUAAAAUUGAUGCUGAAGAGGAAAAAACAUCAUUUAAAUUAGGUAAUUGGUAUGGAUCAGUUGAUGGUGGAAAAUUGUCACUAACAUUAAAAGAUAGUAAUGAAACUUUUAUUUUGAAACACACAGUUUACGUUAAAGCUCACAAUAACCCACCUAAAUAUUCAGAAAAUGAUGGUUUAUCAGCCAUUUCACCAAAACUUGAUCCUGAUUAUAGAAUUUAUUCUGCUAAAAUAAUAUCAAAACCAGAAGGAUCGAAGCCUUUAGAACGGUCUUACUCACCUGCAGGUACUGAUAUCCCUGCCGAACAACUUCUAAAAUAUGGACAUACAGUAGCAAAGUCACAUUUAAAAAUAAGUAAUGGCGAAGUAACUGAUGGUCCAGAUGAGUUCGGAAAAAUGAAACUGAAAUUUCCAAUGACUGUGGUAGUUGAAGGAGGUCAACAGAAAAUAAAAAUAAAAGAUACUGAUGACGAUUUUAAUGUCUAUCACAAAGUUGAGAUUCAAGCUUACAAUGAACCUGCUAAAAACAUAAGAAGAGAUAGAUUAUCAAAAAAUGGUCUACUAAAAAUGCAACUUACUAGCGGUAAUCUAAAAAUUGAAGAGAAAAAUACUGAUGAACAAUGGAUAAUCACGAGACAAGAAGUCGACAUUGAAAUUGACUUAGAUAGUGAAAUACCAAGUAUUCGUAUUGACCCUCAUGUAAAAACAUUCUCGUCUAUACAUUAA